AUGUCAACGCUGUACUCGCAGGCUACAUUCUCGGACGGAAACGUGCUGUCCUUUGGUAAACCGUUGCUCGUCAUCUCAUCCUUAAGCGUAAUGUUGUGCACUGGCUCGCACUCGGAAACCAGGCGAAUAGCUGGCUCGUUCUCGAUCUGGCAGGUUUGGUUCACCACGCCACCAGUCUCCGUGCACUCUGAAUUUUGCACGAUGUUCGUUAACAAAUACUGCUUGUCCGUAGUGAUCUCCUCCUCAUUGGAGGAGAUACGCUCUUCCCAUACAGUUGGACAGAAAUCUGUGUUCUGCAGAAGCACCCAAAUGGUCAUAAAAAGCCAGUGGGAUCCUGCAACAUUCAGAGUGGGACACGCGCUACGUGAAAGACAUAAAUCUAUUUCGAGCAAUCUUGUCAGCUUGUCGCUCUCACACUCACCAAGAAACAAUAAGGACCAUUCUCUCAGACAGAUUGCUGUCAAGACCAGAACAGCUAUCCUGGAUAUUAGCAUUCCAGCUCGCCAAAGACCCUGA